CAAUAUAAUGCUAAUGUAACUUUACCCAAUUACACCAAAUCGAAUUUCGCUUUCCAAAUAGGCCCUAAAUGAAAUGAGGAUAUUUAUGAGUCAUUUCUUGUUGCGAUCAGAAUGGCUAUAAAGCCAACUAAAAGCACCUGCAAGUUCAAUACUUCUAGUAGAAGAGCCAUUCCUCACAAUGGCACAUACACAGCAAGUUAAACUUCUUGAAUGUUGCCAAGUCUCUCCACCAACAGGUUCAAUUCCAUCAACUACUUUACCAUUAACAUUCUUGGACAUACCUUGGCUUCUUUUUCCACCAAGUCAACCACUUUUUUUCUAUGAUUUCCCUCACACAACUUCUCAUUUCAAACAAACCAUUUUAUCCAAUUUCAAGAUUUCACUUUCUUUAACACUCCAAUACUAUUUCCCUUUAGUAGGUAAUUUAAUAAUUCCACCACAACCAUCUAAGCCAAAAAUUACCUACACCUCAGGAGACUCUGUUACAUUAACCAUAAAAGAGUCUACGUAUGAUUAUUAUAACCAUCUUUUAAUCCAUCAUCAGAAGGGUGUUCAAGAUUUUCACCAAUUAGUACCUCAUUUGCCACAAAUUGGUGAAUUGUUACAUGUGGACCAAGAGUUAAAGUACUCACUUUUGGCUGUUCAAAUUACUAUAUUUCCUAAUUGUGGUGUUUCUAUUGGAUUCUCCAAACGUCACGUGGUGGCUGAUGAAAGAACAUCUAACAAUUUCUUGAAGACGUGGGCAGGUAUUUUUAGAAAUGGACUAGAAUUGUACUUGCCUGUGUUGAACAAGAAUUUGCCAUACUGUGAUAGGUCAAUAAUUCGUGACACCAAUGGGGUUGAACCAAUCAUGUGGAACCAAAAAAAUGUGCCAAAAUUGGCAAAUGGCAAUUUUAGUGACAUGGUAAGAUCCACAUUUGUAAUGGGUCGACCCGACAUGGAGGUGAUCAAUGGGUGGAUCAUAUCACGGUCCAAGAAACUAUUCGGGUCAGCCCAGUUGCUCCUUUCGCCCUAUGUGGUGACAUGUUCAUUUAUUUGGGUGUGUUGGUUGAAAGCUAACAUGGACAACAUUGAAGAUACAAUUGACAAAACGGAGCCCCAUUACUUCGGUUUUAUAGCGGGUGGUAUAACCCGGUUGGGUUACCCGGUACCGAUUAGUUAUGUAGGUAAUUGCAUUGCAUUUGGUAGAGCAAUGGCAAGGAGAAAUGAAUUAUUGGGAGAAAAUGGUAUACUUUUUGCUGCGAAGACAAUUGGUGAUACCAUCAAGGAAUUGAAUAGGAAUGUGUUGGGUCGGGUUGAAAAUUGGAUGUCCGAUUGGAAAGUGUUUAAUGGGUCGGGGCUCCAUAUGACGGUAACCGGGUCUCCGAAAGUGGAUCUUUACUCGUUGGAUUUCGGGUGGGGCCGACCCAAAAUGAUUGAAGAAAUAUCAAUAGAUAAAACAGGUGAUGUAUCUCUAUGUGAGAGUAGAGACAUGAGUGGUGGAAUAGAGGUUGGUUUGGCUCUUCCAUUGGCCAAAAUGGAAGCCUUUAAUGUUUUCUAUAAUGAAGGUCUCAAAAAUCUUCACUGAUUUCUCUUUCAUUUCACAUAACAUAUUCGGUGAGAGCAGCUCGAUGUACUAAGUUUUGUGUAUGCAUAAAGUUUGAUAGAGAAUUGAUCAAAAGAUAUAAUUUUAUGCAGUCAUAUCCAAUAUUUAUGCAAGAGGUUAUUUCAUUAAUUUAAAUAAGACAUUCGACUUAUUGUAAA